UGCGGUAGGAGGCCGCGGUUUCUCUCCCUUCCUCUUAACGCGCCCGUGGGCGGGCAACGGUGGCUUCGCGUUCCCCACUUUCCAGCGCCGCCUCCCCUUCCCUCCCGGCACACCUCGCCGCCGCUGCCGCCGCCAGUUUAGUGGGGCCAACCGAGAACCAAGAUAGAGGAGGGAGGCCAGGCCGAGUCCCGUUUGAGUGGGGCGAGGUUACCUCUGGAGGGUCGCUCGCAUUCCCCACCAGUAACAGACCAUCCAUUGGCUCACUAUUAAACCCCCUCCAUUCUCCCCACAAUGGAGUAUGCGGCAUUUUGUGCAUGGUGGGCUCAAGGGGGUGUUUUGUGCAUGUUGGGCCCAAGGGGUGGUUACUACUAAGGGCGAGUAAAAAAAGGUGUCUUUGAGGGCGCUCCUUAGGUUACUGUCCUUCCCUUGCCUUCUUACUCAAGCUUUAAGAAAGGCUGAGUGGAGUGGGUGGUAUGGGAGAUGUAAAUACGGUUAAAGUAAACACUUGAACUGGGUUAAAGUUAAAAAAAAACUUUAACAGAAGUGUGGGAGGUUACCUAAGAUUACAGGGCUGUAGUAAGAAUAGAAGAUCAGGGCAAAGGGUUUCUGUUGGGAGAACCAAAAUUAGAUUAAGAAACCCCAUCCAUUUGUGGGUCAGCAGCUAGGCGGGAGACUCUUUGAGAUCCUUGGACCUCCAUGUGUCAGGAAUAUGUACUCAGUAAAGCUUUGGUGAACAUUCCCACUACUCAUUGUACCUCUUAGCUUUUGUUGCUGCUUGAAUCCUCCUGUCUGACACCAUGUUAGCAGAACAAGCCCAGAAGUGGUUCCCAACGCAUGUGCAGGUCACAGUCCUUCAGGCCAAAGACCUGAAGCCAAAGGGUAAAAGUGGCACCAAUGAUACAUACACAAUCAUCCAGCUGGGAAAGGAAAAAUACUCCACCUCGGUGGCAGAGAAGACCUUGGAUCCUGUGUGGAAAGAAGAGGCCUCAUUUGAGUUGCCUGGAUUGCUGAUGGAAGGGAAUUCUGAGAAGUAUAUCCUCCACCUGGUAGUCAUGCACAGGUCUCUUGUCGGGCUUGAUAAGUUUCUGGGACAAGUGGCAAUAAAUCUGAAUGAAAUCUUUGAGGACAAACUCAGAAGGAAAACAGAUUUUGGAAGACAGAUGACAUCCAAGAAGUCAGUUAAAAUAUGGACACAUGAAGUGUUUGGUAUUGUAAAUCAUAACAGCAGUCAUGGUAUGGAUGUGUGGUACAGGUGGUUUAGUCUAGAGUCCAAACAAGGGAAAAGAACUAAGGACCGAGGAGAGAUAAAGGUCAAUAUACAGUUUAUGAGGAACAACAUGACAGCAAGUAUGUUUGAUCUCUCAAUGAAAGACAAGACUAAGUCUCCUUUUGCUAAACUCAAGGACAAAAUGAAGGGUCGCAAGACAGAUGGGACAUUAUUGGAUACAUCUUCAGCAAUCAUUCCAAGUACUCAUAUGCCAGAAACAAAUGCUGUAACUUCCCUCAGUGAAAUGCAGUUAAAAUCAAAACCAAAAAAGCCUUUCCUUUUGGGACCCCAGCGACUAUCUUCAGCCCAUUCAAUGUCUGAUUUAACUGGGCCUCAGGUUACUUCGGAAAAAAUUAAAUCAGGCGCAGUUGGCAACACGUACCUCUUCAGACGUCAGCUGGAAUCUGUUGGUUUUGUGGAUGAUAGUGGAAAUCUAAAAUCUCCACACAGACGGACGUUAAGUGCAGAUGCAAGUAAAGUGAAUCAGCUGGACAACACAGUGGAUGAUAGUGACUCAACUUUUGGCACACAAAAUGACCCUUUCACAAAUGUGAGUGCUUCAUUGCCUCAAAAGUUUGCCACAUUGCCAAGGCAGAAGAAUCCUUUUGAAGAAAGUUCUGUAUCAUGGGAUCAGAAUCUGUUUUCAAGACCUGCUGAAAUUAAAAAAGACAUUAAAAAAGAAAAAAAGGAGAAGGUUAGUCUUUUUGAAAGAGUGACCGGGAAAAAAGAUAGUAAGCGGUCAGAUAGACUUAGCAAUGGAGGGUCAGAUGAUUUGAAGUCACCUAGUGCUUUUGGAGAAAAUUAUCAAGACACUUUUGAUUUUGAUUCAGCAAAUCCUUUUGCAACAACGUUCAAACCUACAAGUAUGCUGCCGUCUUCUAGUUUCAAUGUGACUCCUGCAAAUAUGGAAGACCUCCGGAAAGCAAUGGAGGGGAAUCCCUUUGAUGCUGCUGCAGGAUACCGUAAUCUUACAUAUGAAGAGGUAUUACAAGAGUUAGUGAAACACAAAGAACAACUUAAGAAGAAAGAUACUCAUAUUCGUGAACUUGAGGACUAUAUUGACAAUCUUCUUGUACGUGUAAUGGAAGAAACUCCCAGUAUUCUCAGAGUGCCAUAUGAACCUUCUCGACGAGCUGGCAAAUUUGCAAAAAGCUAAACUAAAGCCAACACUCCAUGGCAUUUCUUUAAUUGGGUGGACUGCGUAUGUUUUGAUAUUUUGAUUUCUAUUAUCCACCCAUUUCAUUCUAAAUUCUGCCCCAAAUGUCUACUAAUAUUGCCAGAAAUGGCAAUCUCUACAUGAGAUGUACAUCAUUUUAUAAAUGUAAAAUGUAAAUUCCAUUUGCUAUACAACACUCCUUUUACGCUAGACAAUUACUGCAGCUGUGUUUUGUUUUUAACUAUUAUAUCUAAUGUGUACACUAUACAGUUAUGACCCUGUACCCUUACUUGAGUAUUUAUUUUGCACUUCAAUCAAUCUCUUUGAUGUUACAGCAUGCUGUCAAAGUGGAUGCGCACAAGCAGGAUGUGUUUUGCAGCUCUAAAUGUGAAGAAAAAAUGUGAUUAUGUACGAUUUCAUUGUUUGCAUUUUAUAACUAGGAAUCAUCAAUGGAUAACUUAAUGAAGAAGUAUGUAAUGUUUUUGAUAAUGAUGUUAACAGUAUUGGUUUUGGAGUAAUAGAUUGUUGAAACAGUUACCUUUGUGCUCUUCAACAAAUCUGAGUUUUUGGCCAAGUUUUUAACAUCUUCAUGGAGCUGGGUAUAUGAGACAGCAUAAGACCUGCUUAAGCAUAGAAGUAUUAAGUAGGUGAAUCAGAAGAAGGUGAUUAAUUAAUUAAUACCUCAUUUGUUUAAAUACUACAUUAGGGAGAUAAAGAGAGAGUAGCAUAAUAUUGUAAAGAAUUAGCAUGUCGGCAUAUGCAUAUUUCAUUGGCUUUUGCCAAAUUUGAUUCAGGAAAUGGUGAUUGUUUCUUAAAAUAGGUGGGAGCAUUGUUUUCACCCCCUAAAUAUUUCCAUGUGAAAUAUCACAUUUUAUCUAAGAGUGGCAGAUAUAUUUGAUUAAGCAUGACUUAUGUGUCAUCUGUGUAUAACAUUAUGUGUCUGUUUAAAGUUGCAAAAUACCAUGGAAAACACUAUCAUGAAGGAAAACAUUGUUUACUAUACUAGUGACUCUUAUAUAAAACUACAAGGAGGAUUGCUGCUGCAAAAUGCAAAAUGGGUUUAGACAUAAGAUAGACAGGAUGCUCUGAAUAGGGCUGUUUCUUUUCAGUUUAUUAUAUAUUUUUUGCUUUAUAAUGUGAAACACAGGCGUAUUUUCAGACAUUAGACAGGAGAAUUAUUCUGAGGAGGAGAAACUACUCUUUAGAAUUAUGAAGAAUGUUAAUUCACUUUUUUUUAAAAAAUCAUUAACAUAAGAAUUUCUCUCCAUUAAUCAGAACACUGUUGUGACUAAAAUAGAAUAGGAUAGAACUGUUUUCAAAAGAUGGUGGAGAUGGAUGUUCUUAAACAUCCUCAACAAUAUUAAGAAAAACAAUUUGCCAUGGAAAUUGCUUCUAGUGGUUUGGUGAAUCCAUAUGCCAGAAUCCUGUUGUAAGUUUAUGUUUAUGUAAGGGAGAUUACUUGAAGUUUUGUGACAAAUUGUUGCUCAUUGAUGAGGUAAUGGUUGCAUAGCUGGCUGUACAUCAAGUUGUGCAGUUGAACGCACAGCAAAAUGCAACUAGCACUUGGUUAAUGAAUGCCAGUUUGCCACUAAGAAUUACGCAGUUUCUCUUGCACAAGUUUAAAUUAGUAGAAUGAUUCUGGCUAAUCUAUGAAUAUAUGUGAGUAGGCAAGUCCUGGAAUUAUGUCUCAGAAGAACAUAAAGGGUACCCCCCCAUAUUUCAUGUCUAUAUGCUGUCUUUUUAUUCUGUUAUGUUUGAGUACAGAGAAUAUAUUCUAAGGUAUACUCAAUGUCUUAAGGUUAAUUUUGCAUUUAAAGAUGUUUACCUUUAAUAUUUAUGCCACAAUGUGUUUUUAAAAUUCACUGUUUGUUUCAUAGUUUGCAGAUGUUUCACAAUACCAUAGUUAAUGGCUUCCACACACAAUACUGGAAACUGUUGGAAUUUCUAUUAUAUACAAAUACAUCCUGCAUCUUCAAUGAGUUUUCUGCAAGUAGAAGAGCAUAAACCACAGAAUUCUAAGUUCAUUUUGUUAUGAACUUUUAAUUCCUACCACCUUUCAAAUUACUUCUAUUAGAAUCUCAAUGUGAAAGUUCAAAAUGCUUGACUGUAAAGCUUCUGACAUAAGUAGCAGAGUUAAUAAGAACUUUAGAGUUAUAUUUUAUUGUGCAUUUUCAUAUGUUGUCUAGUCCUGUUUUUCCAUCUGAUCUUAAGUGGAUUCAAGCACUUUUUGCAGUCAGUGUUUAACUGCAAGAAAACAAAACAAAACAAAAAUCAGAAAACGGUAUUACAUCAGGGAAGGUGCCAUCAUAAGUAAAUAGACAGUGCAUUGUUUACAAGCAACAAAAAGGUUUCUUAAUUUGUGUGACUGUUCAAAGUGUAUUGACUCAGUGUAAUUGUAAAUGCUGAUCUGUAUUCAUUGAGCAACUUUAUAAAAUGCUAGUUGACUUGGUCUUGGGUACAUAAUUGUUAAGACUACGGAAUAGUCAAAAAACCUGCUUGUGCAAAUUUAUACUUAACAAGAAAAAUCAAAUACCAGCUGUAGUAAUGAGGAAACUCUGGCCAUAGCAGCAAAAUUGUUGUGCCUAUAUACUCUCUUUUUCAGUAUGCAAUGCAUUUUGUCCUGAGUACAUUUUGAGAUCAUACUCCAGUAUUAGUAUGUUUUCAGAGCCAGCAAUUCUUUUAAAAUUUUAUAGUCUUGAUUGUAGAAUACAAUACUACUCUACUGGCAGGAUAAAAUAGUUUCUGCCACAUUGUUCUAGGUUCUAAAAUUAAGGAGCUUCAAAAUACAUCCUCCCAUAUCCUAUAUGAGGAAUGAAUGUAUUUCACACAUACCUUUAUAUAUUUCUCGUGAAUAGUUAGCACAAAGGACCUAUUGAAAAUCAUACUUAAAUUUACUUGUUUUGAAAUAGCACUCCCUAACUGCUGAACAUAUAAAAUAUAUGAAGGUCAUUUCUAGUGAAAAGUUACUGCCAUCAGAAAGAAUGCUUGAUAGUAUGGUACUUUCUCCUGCUUCAUUUUACAUUCUUGUAUUGAGCAUGAUUGCCUCCUACCAAUAAAUGUAGAAUUAUCCACAGAUUAUACUUAGCUGUGUAUAUUGUGGUUGGCUGUAAACCAAAACUAGUUGUAACAUUUCAGCUUUGAAAAUCAUGCCUUGUAUUUGAAGGCAUUAUAAAUUGGGCCAUAUUCUCAAUUAAGAAUUUUAAUGACAAGUUGUUCCCCUUUCCAGUUCUUUUCUUAGUUUUUUAAGAAGAAAAUAAGCAUAUGGCUUUAAAUACAUUUUAUUGCUGCACUGGACUGUUAUUUUCAACUGUAUCUUUUAAAAUUGGAAUGUAAACUAAUGGUCUCCCCACAAGCUAAGUUCCAUGUAUCUCAAUCAGUUGUAGAAGUGCUGUAAAUGAAAAUGUAUGUAUUUCAGAAUGUAUAUAUGUAUGCCAUAGUCCUUGCGGUCAAAGCAACUAAAGACGGUUCAUAGCACAUGAAAAUGUCUGUUGUAGUCUCUGCUAAAAUAUUUUUUCCUGGAUAUUCCAAGGGCUAGGCAUAAGUGAGAUGUGCAUUACUAUGAGUUGUUUUCCUGAAUUCCCAUACAUAUAUCCCCAAUUCAGCUCUAAAUUAAAGUAUGGUUAAAUAUUUAGUAUGCAACAACUAUAGCACUUUAGUUGACUGACGUUUCUGGAAUGUUUUCAGAUUGACAUCUAUUGUGAGUGAGAUACUGAUGUUUGAAAAUGUCUACUUGAGCAUUCUUGGCCCAUAUUUGAUCCUUCAGAUUCUGUGUUCAGGGAAUGUGUCGUAUAUAAAAUUCAGUGUGUGCAAAAUGGUGCAUCCACUUAAUUAAACAUAGAAGGUUCCAGAUUUUAUUUAAUAUGAUAAAAAUGCUAUACAUUAUGGCAUCAGAUAGCAAGUCUAUGAAAGAUAUGAGAUGUGAAAAAGGAUUUUCAUUUGUUUUGUGCAAUGAUGAACAAUUUGUAUAUAUCCCCCCCCCCUCAAUGGAAGGUCACAAUUUAUGUGGCACAUGUAUUUGUAAAAUGAUGAAAUGCAUGAACUAACAUUUUUGUUGCAUUUUUAGGCCUGCACACUUUCUAUUUGAUCAAAAUUGUAAUCUUAAUUUAUCUUCUUCCCAACAAUUAUUGCAUAUAAAAACCCAAUAAAAUACUACUGUGCACUCCA